AUGGUUGAGGUACAGCCGUGGCGGCUAACAGACAGUCCUAGAAAACUUAUUGAAGAAGCAAGGGACUUACAAUUGUCCAUCAAAGAGGCAAAAAUCGAUAAUGACUUACCUUACUGCGAAAUCGUCGGCUCUAGAACCCGUCUGCGGGACAUCUACCGAUCAUUGCUCGUCGCUGACUUGGAACUGGCGUUAGAUCAAAAGAUUGAACAAGAUCUUUGGAACAAUUGCUUUAAAAAUCCGAUCAAUGAACUUCUCGAAGCUCAGCGGUCCUCCGCGUCCAAAGCUGAAUUCAAGCAAGAAUCGGCUUUCAACUACACGGAACUGCUCGAAUCUGCAUAUGCCUUCUAUCUUCAACUUCUCGAUGACAUUUGCGAAGCGUAUUCUCUUCAAUUGCCAAAUCGUGCGACGGAUCGUCAGCUCAAGCUCAUGCCUUGCGUCCAAGAAACUGCUCCAGCUGGGGACCAGCCUCCUCCGCGCGCAACCUCUAGUUUGUACAUCGCUCAACAUUGUCUGAUCCAUCUCGGCGACAUCGCUCGAUACAGACACAAGCAAAAAAUCGCCGACUCAUUCUAUCGAAAAGCUUCACAACUUGUGCCUUCCAGCGGCCACCCGUAUAAUCAACUCGCUAUUCUCGCCGCUACUUCGCCUGAUAAUCUUCAAACUGUUUAUUAUUAUUUCCGCGCUAUGUAUGUCAAAUGCCCUUUUCCUGUCUCGAAAGAUAACCUCUCCCGUCAACUGGAGAAAGUUCUCAAGUCGGCAAAGUCAAAAGUCAGCAAAAAACCUUCGCAAAUAUCGAUUCUUGAGCUUAUGCGACUAUUCCUGAAAUUCCAAGCUCUCUGCUUCUUGAAGCGAAAAGAAAAUUUCUCAGAAACCAAAACGCGGUUAGUCCAAGCAUUGGAAUUUCACCGGUCGUUGGGCUCCUCGCUCUCCAAACGGCAACUUUUGCAAAUGAGCUUCAUAACGAUCGCUAACUAUCACCGUGCGGUUACGACCAACUUUGAGCUUCACGAAGAAAUGCUUGAUUUUCUUUUGGAAUACCUGGACAUUCUUAUUCAACUCCCCGUCGAUCCCCAGCGUCAUCUUCCCUCGGUAUUGGCGAUUCUUCAGUUUUUACAGCAGAACUUGCAAUUUCUUGAAAACAACAAGUCGAGAACAUGGAUUAACCUUGCAAGUCGGCUGAAUAACACCUUGCCGCCGAAAUGGGGUCCUUCUUGGGAGCCGAAAAUUUCACUUCUUCCUGAAGACCUUGAUUUCAAGGGCUGGACGUUGUGGAACAUGCCCCCAAAGGAGUCGAUCGUCGGCCAGGUUUCUUCUGAGAGUGAUCAAGCUGAUGCGCGCGCUGAGAGAAUUCUCUACAUUUCGUGGCAAAUCGCUCACACGAAAGAUCAACAAGUUCUCAAGCUUGAAAACUGCAUUUUUGUCAGUCCAAUCAAGCCGUUGAGCCCUGGAAUUCAAGAACACGGUCCUAUUCCGAUUCAACCACCACCUCCAGUCGCAGUGUAUCCAACCGUCCCUCCUCCACCAACAUUGCAGACGGUUCCGAAUCCUCCCCCGAUUGCACCGUCGAUGCCUCCGCCGCCACCUCAGCAUUUUAUGCAGGGGCAGCCGCCCGCUCCUGUUCGUCCGAAAGAUCUGUCAAUCGACACGCGGCCUCCUCCACCUUUUUACCCGCCUGGCCCACCGCCAAACCUUGUCCAAGAAUACAAGACCCCUUUGCUUCAAGCUACCGGUCCCGAAAUGGCGCCUCACCUGCGCUCUUACAAGGGACCACCACCGUCGAUUCCGCCGCCACGGAUGAGUAUGCCACCACCACAUCUCCCACCGCAACGAUUGCCAAUGCAGUCCAACAUGAGUCCAAGUGGCGACAUGAAUAUCCCCGCCAACAUCAUGGAUUUCCUCAGACACAUACCACCUCCAUCGUUUCCUCCGACGCCACCAGGAAGCACACCAGCAUCGAGCGCUCCUCCAGCGCACGAGCCACCAUUAGCCGGUCCAUUUGGCCAAACACCAAAGGCGCCAAUGGCUCCUCCGCCAAGCCACAACUUCCACACAGGCAACAUCCCACACACAAGUUCAAGCCAAUAUUCAAAAAUUUCCCCGUCCUUCAAUUCUUCGUCAGAUCCAUUUAAUCCGUCAUUCUCGUCAACUAUUUUCCAACCUGCUUCAUCAUCAUCGUCUUCUCAACCGCUUCGACCGGCCUUUCAUACAACAAGUUCCUCUACAAGCGACAUAACUCCACCAGAGAUGAGUAAGCCCAGACAACGCGAGCCUUGGCAAACUCAUCGAAGAGGACCAUCAAGUCCUGGGGGAACAGAUUUCUUCCCACCAGGAGAGAGCCCAUUCUCCUUCCCGGAACAGCCAGUCAGUACUACACAGCCGAUCGGAUCGAAUCGCCCUGUGAACUUGAAGGCGCCGACUCCGUCUGGAGCUAGCUCUAAUUUGUACUUUCCCACAACUUCUGGUUACUCAACCAGUAAACCGGUUUUAGACCCUGACUCAUAUGAUCGAAAGCUCAGUCCGUUUUGGGAUCCCGCUCUUGGUACUGGCUACGGCUCCAGAGACAUUUGGGCACCUCCCUCAACGACCAGCUCUUCCACGAGCCUUGAUCUGAAUAAAUUGAUCGACUCUCUUCCAAAUGAUGAUUAG